AUGGACAACAUAAUGCAAUCGUGUAUGCCACCGGGAUUCCGAUUUCAUCCAACAGAGGAAGAGCUCGUUGGUUAUUACCUAGAUAGGAAGAUCAGCUCCAUGAAGAGUGACUUAGAUGUCAUUGUAGAGAUUGACCUCUACAAAAUGGAGCCAUGGGAUAUUCAAGCGAGAUGCAAACUAGGGUAUGAAGAGCAAAAUGAGUGGUACUUUUUUAGCCACAAGGAUAGGAAGUACCCGACCGGGACUAGGACCAAUAGAGCCACAGCCUCCGGAUUCUGGAAGGCCACAGGUAGAGACAAGGCGGUGCUUUCAAAGAAUAUUGUCUUAGGAAUGCGGAAGACACUUGUCUACUACAAAGGUCGAGCUCCUAAUGGAAGAAAAUCAGAUUGGAUCAUGCACGAAUACCGCCUCCAAAACUCCGAGCUUGGCCCGGUUCAGGAGGAAGGCUGGGUGGUGUGUCGAGCAUUUAGGAAGCCGAUUCCAAACCAAAGGCCAUUAGGUUACGAGACAUGGCAGAACCAGCUUUACCACGUUGAUAAUAGUAACAACUAUUCAUCUUCAGCGACAACGAACACAAGUCACCAUAUCGGUGCCUCUUUAUCAAGCCAGAACCUUAACCAAAUGGUCAUGAGUAAUAAUCACUACAAUGUCAAUAAUGCAUCCUCAACGAUGCAUCAAUAUGGCAACAUCGAGCUCCCACAGCUGGACAGCCCUAGCUUGUCGCCGAGUUUAGUGACAAAUAAAGAUCAGAACGAGAGUUUGGAGCAAGAAGAAGAGAAGAGUUUAAACUAUGUGGACUGGAGAACACUAGAUAGCUUGCUUGAGAUACAAGUCACACAUCCACAAAACCCUAAUGUCCUUAUGUCUUCGUUCGAAACGCAGUUGUAUAACACGGGACAGAGCUUCCCUUCCAUGCAUCAAAACUAUAACUAUGAGGUCGAAGCUAAUAUUCAUUAUUCUCUUGGAUGCUUUCCUGACUCCUAAAUUUUUGUAAAAGAAAUUUCUAUAUUUAUUUGUAUAAUUGUAUUCUAUUAUUUAAUUGUACCACCUGGAAAAUUGUAUCAUCUAUAAGUCUAUUUGUAAAAGAAGUUUGUGUGUAAUACGUCCAAUUUUCUUGGUGAGUUUC